CUGGCUAUUUUAAUCUUUCAGGAGGACAUAUAGCCUAGCUGCUGCCAUAACGAGAUCUGCUGUAUGAGCAAAGGUUAUUGUAGUCACUUUUGUUCUGCAUCUAAGGAUUGGAAAUAAUUAUUAAAAAACUAGCAUCAUCAUGAAAUCAAUGAGGGAAGUAAAUCUGGAUACAUACAGUUUGUCUCUACUUACGGCAAAAGAAGAUAUCCUGAAUCCACGAUCGUCAACAAACUGGGCUUUAUUUGCCUAUGAUGGAAUAAUGAACCGGCUCAAACUGGCUGAUUCUGGAGUAGGUGGAUUGAAAGAAUUGUCGACUAAACUCCACCCCAUACGGCCACUUUACGGGAUGUGCAGAGUGGGCACAGCUCAACCCUGCAUCGUUAUGAUAUUAUGGGUUGGAAAUGAAGUGGACGAGUACCGCAAAGCUGAGUGUGCGAGUCAUGUACCAGCGAUCAGGAACUUCUUUAAGGAAGUUCACAUCUUUCUUCCCGCCCACACUUUGGAUGAAAUCACAGAAGAGCGGAUCUGUACACUGGCCUAUAAUGCUGCAGUGGUCACGAAGGGGCCGAGAGGGAGACCCGGGCGCCGGGUGGAAGACAGACAGGCCAUUGUGGGCACUAAUUACAAGCGAACAAUCGCAGCCGCAGAGAUCCAGAGAAUCCAGAGGGAUUCUUUCUGGGCACAAGCAGAGAGAGAAGAGGAGGAAAGGAAAAAGGAGGAACAGCGGAGGGCAGCAGAGGACAGGAGGCAGAGAGAGAGAGAGCGAAUGCUCCAGGAAAAGAGAGAUACAAUGGAGAGAGAUAGGAGGUUGAAUGAAAAGGAACAAAAAAUAAAGGAGCAGAGGAGAAUACAGGCCAAAAUGGAAGCAGAGGGCCACAAACAAGAGAAAUUAAAAUGGGAGCACCAGGAAAGGGAGCGUGAAGAAGAGGAAGUGAGAGCUAGAUAUGUCCGCUCUGAAUCAGAGGAAAAAUUUUCGGAGGCAGCAGCUCUUGUGUCUCAGCGUGUUGCAAACACCAGAGAGUUUUUCAGACAACUGUCCUCCACAAGUGUCCACACAGCCUCCAGUCCCAGCUCACCAUAUCCAGUCAGGGGUCUCUGUAGACAAGUGCAUCGCAGUCAGACGGACAGUCUCUUCAGUUUCAAUGAAUCAGCUUCUUCUCCACCUGCAUCCCCGUACAGAUCAUCAUCUCCUUACUUUCAGUCGGUUCCCACAUCCCAGAACCCAACUCUUUUCACUAACACUGCAGCUUCCUCAUUGCAGAAUUGUGCAACGGUAUCUAUCAAAAGCCAGAUCCACCUGUCUUCAAGUAAGAUAAUGGAGUCAUGUGCCGUAACUGCCGCUGGCCCCGCGCCACUCCUCCAAACUCAACCCCCUUCAACUGAUGCUAAUGAAUCUGAAACAGAAACUCCUAUUGGUGAUAUACUAGAUAGUCUGGUCUUUUAUCCAACUCCAGUAACUGCGGAGCAGCUCAAAACCGGGGAAUCAGAGAUGGUGGAUGAGUUUCCACCCCCUCCCUCUGGUUUUGAGAAUUCACCGGAACCGGUUGUGAACCAGCCUGAGACACUUGUUGACCCCUUAGACACCCCUAUGUCAUCUCUUCCUCCAUCAAGUCUUUUGGUACCAGAGCCCCCCGCCAGACCGCUUCCUGCGCUGCCUGUUGCCCCACGAAUGCUGAAAGACCUGGAACCGGGGAGAGAUUUUACUGCUCGGGCAUCUGUUAUACCUACGGUUGAGGAAGAUGUGGAGGAAAAGAAUGAGGAAAGGGAGAUUAAAGAUGGGGGGAAAGAUGUGCCAGGGAAGGAUGGAGAGAGAAGGGGUCAGGAAAAGGGGAAGGGAGGUGAAAAAGAGGAGGAGGAACAUGAUGGGAUGAUUAUGGGAAAACAUGAAAGUGAAAAAGAAUCUAAUGGUAAAAGGAUGGAAAAACGUGAGAGUGGUAAAGAACAAGAUGGGAAAAUGUUGGAAGAACGGGUGAGUGGAAAAGAACAAGAUGGGAAAAUGUUGGAAGAACGUGAGAGUGGAAAAGAAGAAGAUGGGAAAAUGUUGGUAGAACGUGAUUAUGGAAAAGAACAAGAUGGGAAAAAGUUGGAAGAAUGUGAGAGUGGAAAAGAACAAGAUGGGAAAAUGGUGGAAGAACGUGAGAGUGGAAAAGACCAAGAUGGGAAAAUGUUGGUAGAACGUGAUUAUGGAAAAGAACAUGAUGGGAAAAUGUUGGAAGAACGUGAUUGUGGAAAAGAACAAGAUGGGGAAAUGGUGGAAGAACGUGAGAGUGGAAAAGAAGAAGAUGGGAAAAUGUUGGUAGAACGUGAUUAUGGAAAAGAACAAGAUGGGAAAAAGUUGGAAGAAUGUGAGAGUGGAAAAGAACAAGAUGGGAAAAUGGUGGAAGGUUGUGGGAGUGGAAAAGAACAUGAUGGGAAAAUGUUGGAAGAACGUGAUUGUGGAAAAGAACAAGAUGGGGAAAUGGUGGAAGAACGUGAGAGUGGAAAAGACCAAGAUGGGAAAAUGUUAGAAGAACGUGAGAGUGGAAAAGAACAAGAUGGGGAAAUGGAGGAAGAUCAUGGGAUUGGAAAAGAACAAGAUGGGAAAAAGUUAGAAGAAUGUGAGAGUGGAAAAGAACAAGAUGGGAAAAUGUUGGAAGAACGGGUGAGUGGUAAAGAACAAGAUGGGAAAAUGUUGGAAGAACGUGAGAGUGAAAAAGAAGAAGAUGGGAAAAUGUUGGUAGAACGUGAUUAUGGAAAAGAACAAGAUGAGAAAAAGUUGGAAGAAUGUGAGAGUGGAAAAGAACAAGAUGGGAAAAUGUUGGAAGAACGUGAGUGUGGAAAAGAACAAGAUGGGAAAAUUAUGGAGGAAGAAGAGAGUGAAAAAAUACAACAUGCUAAAAUUAUGUUAGAAUGUGUAUUAGAAAAAGAGCAAGAUAGGGAAAUUACAGAAAAAUACGAGGAGGAUGGGAAAAGUUUGAAAGAAUGCGAGAAUGAAAAAAUUAUGGAAGAACAUGAGCAAGACGGAAAAAUUGUAAAUGUAUUUGACAAUGAAAAUGAACAAGAUGGAAAAAACAUGGAAGCUUUUGAGGCUGAAAAAUAUGGGAAAAUGAUGGAAGAAUGUGGGCAAGAAAAUAAGCAAUAUGGAAAAAAAUUAGAUGUGAGGAAAUGCGAGGAAGAACAUGACAGUGAAAAGGAACAAGAUUGUAAAAUGAUUGAUGAAUUAGAUGCAAAAAUACUGUUAGAACAUAUGAGAGGAAAAGAGCAAGAUGGGAUGAAUGUGGAGGCAUUUGACAGGAAAAUAGAACAAGACGGGAAAAGCAUGGAAGUAUUUGAGACUGCGCAAACCCAAUAUGUGAAAAGGAUGGAAGAAUGUGGGCAAGAAAAUGAGCAAGAUAGGAAAAUUGUAGAAAAACGUGAGGAUGAACAUGACAGUGAAAAGGAACAAGGUGGGGAAAUUGAUGGAAAAAUAGUGGAAAAACAUGGAAGUGAAGAAAAACAAGAUAGGAAAAUUGUUGAUGCGUUUAACAGUGAAAAAGAGACAAGCAUGGAAGUAUUUGAGACUGAAAAUAUACAAUAUGUGAAAAUGAUGGAAAAAUAUGGCCAAGAAGAUGCGCAAGAUGGAAAAAUUGUAGAAAAAUGUGAAAAAGAACAUGACAAUGAAAAAGAACAAGAUGGGAAAAUUGUAGUAAAACAUGAAGACGGGAAAAGUCCAGAAGAACACGAGAGUGAAAAAAAGCAGGAUUGGAAAAUGAUAGAAGACAAAGUACAAAAACAAAUACAAGAUGGAGACAUCAUAGAAGAACAUGUAUUUGAAACAGAAAAAAUUAAAUAUGUGAAAAUUACGGAGGACUGUGGACAAGAAAAUGAGAAAAAUGGAAAAAUUGUAGACAAAUGUGAGGAAGAAUAUGAGAGUGGAAAAGUGCAAGAUUUGACAAUUAUACAGUCGCAUGAUGAUGAAGACCAAGAUGGUAGAAGGUUGGAUGAACAGGAUUGGGAAAUUAUGGAAGAGCUUGAGAGGGGAAAAAUACAAAAUACAAAUAUGAUGUUCGAAUAUAUGAGAGAAAAAGAGCAAGAUUGUAAAAUUGGGGAAAGCCAUGAAGACAGAAAAAGUCUGGAAGAACGCAAAGAACUGAAUUGGAAAAUGACAGAAGAAUAUGGGAACAUCAUGGAAGAACAUGAAAGGGAAAAAGGACAAGGUGGGAUGAUGGAAAAGCGAAAGAUCCAAGACAAUAAACGAAUGUCACGUGUGGAUGUAGACCGAACAGUGAAUGUGACUGUGCUCAGGGAGGAGGAGAUUAUAAAGAGGGAUGAGGCUACAGAAGAAGCUGUUGAACAGGUGAAGAGUGACCAUGGAAAUGAGAAGGAAGAGAUGAACACACCUUUAAUCCACACAGAAGAAUCCAGUGCUGAUACACUUUUCUCCCAGCAUUCACCACUCUUCCCAGAAUCCCGUGCAACAGAGCCUCCUCAGUGCAAUGACACAUCUAUUCCUGAAAGUAUUUUAAGCACUCAAGAUAAAAAUGAGCCACAGAUUAGCUCCUCACACCAAAUCAACUUACCAACUAUUCAGAUUGAGUCAGAUCUUUCCAACCUGAGCAUUCAAAGAGAUUCAGAUGACAUGAGAGAGAAGACAUAUGAAUCUGUUGACUCUCAAGCUUCCUCCAAAAACAGCCCAGACGCCUCGUCCGCUGAACGGGGUCCUAACACAGAAACACACGUGGAACAGACUAAAAUUGUGGACGGCACCAAUGGUUUGGCUGAAGGGAUCAAUACUGGGUGCGAGAAAUCCCCUAUAUCUGAGAAUCAAGCCAGGAUUGGACAGUCAGAUGAGAGGGAGGGGCUUGUACCUGUCAGUCAUUUCCUCCAAGACCCAGACACUGCAAUAGGCCUAAAGCAUUGUACUCAUCAGCUGGAUCUGACCAAUGAUAUAAGUGAUGUUGAAGAGGGAGAGGAGGCUAUAUCACUCAUUGUCAGGGACACAGAAGUGGAGCAGAUCUUAAAAUGUGAAUCUGAUCACGAGAAUGAAGACUUAAAACACACAUUUCUGCAGGAUUGUAAAGCCAUCACGGAAACACCCUGUAACAUGAGGAAUGAUAAGACAGCCAGUGAUAGAUGAGGAACAUAAGGAGAUAAUUGGUAGGUGUGAGCUGUUAUCUCAGAACAGAUCAUUCUAUCAAAGAAUGCUGUUUCUGGUUUUGAUUGGCAUUAAUUAUUAAACCUCAAGGUGUGGAAGGUAAUUCUGUGUUAAUUGCAGAUUUGUUGUCAUUUCACACCAGGUAGGUUGUUGUUUUUCUGAGAGGGUGUUUACACGACACCGUUUUUGACAAAAAACUGGACACUUUUUAUGCGUUUUGGGGGCCUGAAAACAGACUUUUGAAAACAGGUUUCAAAGUG